CGCUCGUCCACACUAGGCGGCGUUCACUCUCUCAAUCUGACCAUCACUCCGCGAAACCGGAAGGGGCUGUUUGAAUGUGUCAUACCAUGUAGCUCGGCUAGCUCCAGUCUGAAAUUAAACAGUCCGAUGAUGCCAGGCAUUUGAAAACCGCUUUCUGCUAACGGAAGAAUACUACAGAUAAUGUAGCUGGAAACACGCCGAAAGAUCGUCACCUUUUAACCGCCACUCUCUCCAUCAGCAGAUCAGAAGCGACAAUCGAUCCAUAUUUAAACCUUAGUUCGUCCAUUUCCCUAGAGAGUGAUGUCUGGAGCGUCGAACAAUGACUGCCCUCACUUGGAGUGUGUGGGGGAGAUCACCAAGGAAGAACUCAUUCAGAAGUCUCACGGUCAGUGCCAAGACUGUAAAGUCGGAGGACCGAACCUUUGGGCCUGUCUAGAGAACGGCUGUUCAUAUGUUGGCUGUGGAGAGUCACAUGCGGAUCACAGCACUGUCCACUCUCAGGCGACGCGGCACAACCUGACAGUGAAUCUGACCACUUUGAGAGUGUGGUGCUACGCCUGCACAAAGGAGGUGUUCCUGGAAAGAAAACUGGGUCCACACACACACUCACCCAGCUCUGCCAAACCCAUCUCUCCAGUACAGGACUCCAAAGCUCCCGGGAGCCCCACCUCCUUGAGAAUCCCUCCCACGGGAAACUGUGAUGACUUGGACAUGGAAACUGAGGAGGAGGACGAACUGAGGACCAGAGGUCUGACUGGACUGAAGAACAUCGGCAAUACCUGCUACAUGAAUGCAGCGCUCCAGGCGCUCUCUAACUGUCCUCCACUGACUCAGUUUUUCUUGGACUGUGGCGGUCUGGUGAAGACAGACAAGAAGCCAGCGCUAUGCAAGAGCUAUCAGAAACUCAUCACAGACCUGUGGCACAAAAACAGGAACUCCUAUGUUGUUCCCACAAAUCUAUUCCAGGGCAUUAAGGCUGUAAACCCAAUGUUUCGUGGUUAUUCCCAACAGGACUCUCAGGAGUUCCUGCGUUGUCUGAUGGACCAACUCCACGAGGAGCUCAAAGAGCUCAUUCCUGAACCCGAGGACCCAAACCAAGCUGUGGUCAUGGAUGAGAGUCCUGACGAGGACAACCACAGCCAAUCAGACGACUUCCAGUCCUGUGAGUCGUGCGGCAGCAGCGAUCAUGCCGAAAGCGAAGGCCCCAGAGUCCCAGAAGACAUCAACGAAGCUGAGAUGCUGAUGCCUGAGCAGAACCAAAACAACCGGGAUUGGCAGAAAGAGAAAAAUCUCAUCAACAACCUGUACCGUGCCGGUUCCCAUUGUGACCUGGAUAAAGACGUGGACACGACCACCGAGUCUAGGCCAAUUAUCAGCAGCCAAGGAGCCAUUAAAGCUCAGGGCCGAACUUCAGAUUCAAACCCUGAAAGCCAUGUCAGCAGUAGCGUCAGACCGCAGAGUCCCUGUGGAAAUGACGGAAUCACAUCUAGACUGUCCUGCAGUCCCCCCAAAUCCAUGUGGACAAACCUGAGCUCAACUCACAAGAAAGUACCCUCGUUCAACCCACCUAAGAGCAAGCGGCAGAGGAAAUACCGCAGCAUCAUCUCUGAAGUGUUCGACGGCACCAUUGUCAGCUCAGUUCAGUGUCUGACCUGCGACCGGGCUAGGGCCAGUGUGUCCGCAUCAGAGGUGAGACGGCAUGAGGCAGGAGAGGAAUGUGAAGAUGAGAGUAGACAGGAGAGAGAAGAGUGGAAAAAAGACAGAGGAAAAGAAAGAACACAUGAUGGAGUAGAGGAUAGAGUACAUGGAAGAAUAGGAGAGAGCGGAGAAGUAUCGGUGACUUUGGAGAACUUCCAGGACAUCUCUCUGCCCAUCCCAGGGAAAGAGGACCUUGCCAAGCUGCACUCGUCCUCCCACCAGACGGCUCUUGUCAAGGCAGGUUCCUGUGGAGAAGCCUACGCCCCUCAAGGCUGGAUUUCUUUCGUCAUGGAAUAUAUCAAGAGUUGGUUCUGGGGGCCUGUGGUCACGCUGCAGGACUGUCUGGCUGCCUUUUUUGCCAGGGAUGAACUAAAAGGAGACAACAUGUACAGCUGUGAAAAAUGCAAGAAGUUACGGAAUGGGGUCAAAUUCUGCAAAGUUCAGAGUUUGCCAGAGAUUUUGUGCAUUCACCUCAAGCGCUUCAGACAUGAACUUAUGUUCUCCACCAAAAUCGGCACCCACGUGUCCUUCCCUUUGGAAGGCCUCGAGAUGCAGCCCUUCCUGGCCAAGGACAGCUCCGACCAGACCACCACCUACGACCUGCUGUCAGUCAUCUGUCACCACGGCACUGCCAGCAGUGGCCACUAUAUUGCCUAUUGUCGAAAUGAACUGAACCAGCAGUGGUACGAGUUUGAUGACCAGAGUGUUACUGAGGUGUCUGAGUCCUGUGUUCAAAACGCAGAGGCAUAUGUGCUCUUUUACAAGAAGAGUAACGAAGAGUCUCAGAAAGAGAGGCGGAAGGUGACCAGUCUGCUCAACAUAAUGGAGCCAAGCCUCCUGCAGUUCUACAUCUCCCGCCAGUGGCUGAACAAGUUCAAAACCUUCGCUGAGCCAGGACCCAUCUCCAACCAUGACUUCCUGUGUGCCCACGGAGGUAUUCCGCCAAAUAAAGCCACAUCCAUUGAUGAUCUUGUUAUGAUGCUUCCCCAAAGUGUAUGGGAUCAUCUGUAUAGCAGGUAUGGAGGCGGCCCCGCUGUCAAUCACUUGUAUGUCUGCCACACCUGCCAGACCGAGAUCGAGAAGCUGGAGAAACGGCGCAAGAAUGAGCUGGACAUGUUUGUUCGGCUCAAUAAGGCGUUUCAGGAGGAGGAGUCUCCUGUGGUGAUAUACUGUAUCAGCAUGCAGUGGUUCCGGGAAUGGGAAGGCUUUGUCAAAGGCAAGGACAUUGAUCCGCCGGGGCCAAUUGAUAACUCCAAGAUUGCUGUAAAUAAAAAUGGACACAUCACGUUAAAGCCAGGUGCCGAUUCAGGUCAGAUAUCAGAAGAGACCUGGAACUUCCUCCACUCCAUCCACGGAGGAGGGCCGGUGGUGACCGUGCGGCCCAGUGUCAGCCAUCAGGAGUCGGAGAGUUCUCAAGCAGAGGAGAAGAUCGAAGUGGAGACGCGCUCGGUGUAGUUGCGCCGAGAUGCUGCUGGGCCGCAAGGGGACCGACACACUUAUUAUUUUGCACUUCACUUUUGUUUUUCAAGCAUUCUAGCAAAGGACCUGACAGCUUCACCUCAACACACACUCUCUCUAUGACUGUUCUUUAUAGCAGACGGAUGGAUUAAUCAUCCUCCAGUGUGCUUCACAUGUGUAUAUAUCGUGCAUAUCCACUUCCUUUUGACACUAGAAACCAAUUUUCACAGUUCGAUUUCAGUGUGCAACUGCAUUCAUGACAGAAUUUGCUUCGCCUGAACCAAAUACACCAUGAUUUGCGUACACCGAAAAAGUCCACUGCAUCUGUACAUAUUUUUUAGGCACCGCCUCGCUUAAGAAAAUGAAAGAAUAUGUUGUCUUAGUGGAUGAAAGCUUCAUGUUUUGGGUAUGAAGGGAUACUAAAAGCUACGUAGUCUCAGGAAAGAAGAUAUUUUUUUCUGUUUUGCACUGUACUGUAGAUUCAAAAGGUGCAUGCUUCAGCUCUGAUGUUCGAUAUGUAUUUGAAUGUACUAGUACUUAAAGAACACGUUCCUGCACUAAAUGUUAUUUAUUCCAGAAGGGUGUGAUUAUUCCGGCAUUCUUUGGAUUCAUCAAAUGAUUUGAUAUGCUAAAGCAGACAAAGCAGAAUGCACGCUAAUAGGAAUGAUGUGGCACAUUAUGCUGGCAAGAAAAUCGAUUUCUUCAUUUUUAUUUGUUGCAUAGCUGGGUUGCAUGGAGAUGCAAACAAUAAGGUGCACAUUUGAACACAUCAAUGGCUGUCUUGUUUAAAAUUGCUAUGUAAAAGGAAAAAAAAAUCAGAGCGAUUAAAUCCUGCUGCCGCACAUGUGUACAUUUCAAGGCAUUAUUUAAUGUAUAGAAGGAUGUGAUGUUUUUCGAUAUUAAUUGUCCGCAGAGACGAAAGCUGUAUCUGAGUGGCUACUAUUUAACCCCAAAACUUGUGCUGUCGAUAUCUGUCAUCAUUCGUAUGAGCUGAAAUUAAUAUGCUUAUGUGAAUGGAUAAAUUUCACAAACAUGCGUCCGGAAAUCGAAGAAAGAAUGCAUACGCAUAAAGAAAAUAAAGCCUGUUUAGGACAUUU